CAGUACGUCUCGAAGUGAAGAUUGUCCCUCUGCGGUGACUGUAACUAGGAAGUGGAUUGUUGAGGUGCAACCAGUGAUGGCAGACGAGUCUCUCUUUGAAUUUCUCCACAUGGAGAUGGUGGCCUAUGUUUACAAACAUCAAAGCGUUGACAACAGUGACCAGGAAAAGGGAAGCGCCUUAUCAACUUUGGAAGGCCUGGGUUUCCGAGUAGGACAAGGACUUGUUGAAAGGUGCACUAAAGACAGCCCGUCUUUCAAAGACGACUUGGAUGUUGUGAAGUUUCUCUGUAAAGAUUUGUGGAUAAACCUCUUCAGGAAACAGAUUGAUAACCUGCGGACAAACCAUCAGGGUACCUAUGUGUUACAAGAUAACAAAUUCAGCCUCCUGUCACAGUUCUCCAACAGCAAGCAAUACAUGGAGGAAGCCCCUAAAUACUUGGUGUACACGUGUGGCAUGGUGAGAGGCGCCCUGUCAAACCUGGGCAUUGACAGCAUUGUGACUGCAGAGGUCUCUGUCAUGCCAGCCUGCAAAUUUCAAGUCGUUAUUCAGAGGUCCUAAAAGUCUGAUCAUGCCCAGGCAGGCUUGCAUAGUUGAUUUACUUAAGAGCACCUUUGGCUUUCCAAAACCAACAUCUCCCUUUUGUAGUUAGUUUUACUUUCCACACUAGUUACAGGGGUAAGGCAAAAUUUGAGACACCUGUCACAACAGUGUCAAUAGAGGCUGUGAGGACGGCACUGAUUUGCAGAAGUCUGCAGUGUUUAAAUUGUUCUGACCAUCUCAUCUUUCUACAAAUUGUCAUCGUGACUGAAAUUGAAACUGAGGGAGCCAUAUUUUAAACAUGUCAGGGAUAGCAUUUGCAUUACAAUCGUUUACACAGUAGAAUGUGCUACCUCCUUUGUCAUUGUUAUUAAGGAACCUAGCAAACUAAAAGCAUUUGCAACAGCCAGACUGUGGUGUAUUGUGAUCUCUAAUUUCAAGCCUCAUUAUGGGACAGGCAUUCUAAUGGUAUGUUUUGAAAUGUCGACAAAAUGACCGUGUUCCAAUUCAUUCAAAUGUUUAAAAAAUAUAUGAUGCAAACACUUCCAGAAGGCCACACCAUAGUGAUAUUAAGCACAUGCCUGCUGUCGGUCACAAUCUGAAAAUACUUAAAAGAGAGUACUACGCAGUUAUUGAAACAUACUGCCGGGUAUUUUGAAAAUCUAAUUGGUGGAGUUUUUUAUUCACUGUAUUUGUCUUUAGGGAUGUCAAUAUGAGGGAAAAAAAGUCCUGACAUUCUGUUUUUGCAAUAUAUGUGUUAUGUUCUAUCAUUUACUAAUUAAUUAAUGAGAAGAUGUCUUUGUGUCUUGCUAAAAAAUACAUUUAAAUGUUUUUAGGAAAACACAUAUAUCAGGUGGUCUUUUUUAAGGGCUGUAUUUUUGUUAUAUUGGUUUAUGCCACCAGGGGGCAGUAUAGCAUGGGGCAUACAUAUGGCUGCCAUAGCUCCACAUAGGUCUUUGUUUUCUGACAGGCUGCCAAUAAUCACAACAACUACAAAAAAAAAAGUUAUUUAUUUUAAAUGAUUGUUAUUGUUCCUGAAAGCUGUUUUUCAUAAAUGAGAAACCUAAUAAGAACAGCAUUGUUUAGAGGAUAACGCUAUGUGAUGUGUUCAUGAUACUAACACAUGUAGUAUGAUAGGGGUAUGUUGUUGAUUUGAUUGUCUUAAUAACACAGGUGUGAAAGUAAGUGUCUUUAGUGUCUAAAAAAUAUGUGGUCAAUAAAUAGUUUAUUUAGAUCACAUCAGUGGGUCUUUGAUAGAGUUUAUAUAAUUAAUGUACUUGUAAAGUAUACUGUGCUGUGAGUAUCAAUAGGAUAAUUGGCUUUACCAAAGUAAAGAGGUUUGAGGGGAAAAAUGUACCCAGCAAACAGCAAAACAAUAAGAGGUGUGAGAAUGUGGUUAUGCUAAUGAGAAAAUGAUAAUGCAUCGGUAAUUAAACAUGUUGUUUUGUAUAUAAAGGCUCAUCACUCCCUUUUAUAAAAGGCUUUGUUAUUUGA